AAGCUAUGGUUUACAGUCUCUUGACCGCCGCUUUCUCAGCUUUUGCACUCUUCAACAGUGCUACAUCGGUUCCCAUCGAUGAAUUCUCUGGUUUGGAUGAUACCGCUCGUAGCAUCUUGAAGCGUGCUACACCUGCAGCGCCUCACUUUGUUAUCUACAGCGAUAAGUGGGUGUCUGGCGAGACUGGACCUCCGAACGUCACAGAGAUCGCCGGCUACAACGUCUUUGCCCUCUCCUUCUUGGAAGCCUACGGGUCGGCCGACCAAGCUCAGGAAUGGCAAGAGCUGACGGCAGAUCAGCGUACCACUAUCAAGGCUCAGUACGCAGCCGCAGACAUCCUCCUCAUUGCCUCCGUGUUCGGUUCAACUGAGACCCCUACAUCCUCUGGCUACGACCCCAUCGACACCGCCAACACUGUUGCCGCCUGGAUCAUUGAGUACGAUCUCGAUGGUCUCGACAUUGAUUACGAGGACUUUGACGCCUUCGACGCUGGUACUGGUGCUGCUGAACAGUGGCUUGGAAACUUUACUACCCAGCUCCGCACACAACUUCCCCAGGGUCAAUAUCUCUUGACUCAUGCACCGGUUGCGCCUUGGUUCUCUCCUGGCAUCUGGGGUGGUGGAGGAUACCUCCUCGUCGACCAGACCGUUGGCUCUAUGAUUGACUGGUACAACGUCCAAUUCUACAACCAGGGGACUGAUGAAUACACUACAUGUGACGGUCUUUUGAACAACUCUUCUAGCACCUGGCCCGAGUCUGCACUCUUCCAGAUCGCCGCAUCUGGCGUGUCCCUGGACAAACUCGUCAUUGGCAAGCCAGCAACCACUGCCGAUGCCAACAAUGGUUAUAUGAACACAACUCUGCUUGCUCAGUGUGCUGAAGAGGCUGUUACAAGCGGAUACAAUGGUGGUAUUAUGGUCUGGCAAUUCCCUGAUGCUGCUGCAUCGUGGAUUGAAGCUGUUCGUGCACUGGCUUGGCCACUCUCUUAAAUGACCUAGUGCCCACAUUCACCUGCAUAGUCAGUAUGAACUACUGAUGAGCGCAUACGAGAGAUUACCACGAGAUGCGAGAUGACUAUUUAUUAUCCAUGUGUACGCAUUUUACAAGGGAUAUACACGCUGUUUUAUUUGCUGUCACCAUAAUGGAAUGCUCUAUUAUAACUU